GCUAUGUUCCUUGCAGCCCGGGCGGAGCCGCCUCUGCCCACCCGCCCGCUUCCCGGGACAGCGACCCCCGCCAGGGAAUCCGCGGCGAGGCGCUUCAUUCCCCCUCCGCCAAUGGAAGCAGCCCCGCUCAGGUGGCGGUGGGGGGACGGGACGUGCCGCUGAGCCUGCCCCUCCCCAGCGCGGGCUAUUUAAAGCGGCCCCCGCGAGCCCAGCCGCCGGGGCAGACGCCAUGGCGGACGAGGCCAUGGAGAGUUACCUGUACUCAGCCUACACCCCCUACUCCUACCGCUACCAGCCGCCCAAGGGCAAAGGGCCCCCGGGCGCCUGGCGGCAGCGGGGCACCUACUUCUCGGGCUACGGGGACACGGCGGCGGCGGCGGCGGCGGCCGAGUACUUCGACAACUACCAGCGGGCGCAGCUGAAGGCGAUCCUGUCCCAGGUGAACCCCAGCCUGACGCCGCGGCUCCGCAAGGCCAACACCAAGGAGGUGGGGGUGCAGGUGAACCCGCGGCAGGACGCCUCGGUGCAGUGCUCGCUGGGGCCCCGCACCCUGCUGCUGCGGCGGCGCCUGGCCCCCGGGCUGCCCCCGCUGCGGCCCCGCGAGCAGGAGCAGGGCAGCUCCGCCACCACCAGCGGCCGGCCCGUCCGCUUCCCCAGGACCAUCGCCGUCUACUCGCCCAUGGCGUCCCGCAGACUCACCACCUUCCUGGAGGAGCCCGAGGAGCCGGGGCAGGAGGCGGCCGAGGAGGAGCCGGAGCCGGAGCCGGAGCCGGCGGCCGAGGAAGAGGAGCCGCAGCCGCAGCCGCAGCGCACGGAGGCGGCCGCCGUGCGGGCCAGCUGGGAGCAGCCCCCGGGGAGCAGCGCGGAGCCGCAGCAGGAGGCCGCGGAGGAGGAGGCGGCCGCAGCAGCUGCCCCGCCGCAGGAAGGCCAGCGGGAGGCCCCCGAGCGCCAGGCGGGGCAGCCCCAGGCCGCAGCCCCUCAGGAGCCGGAGCCGGAGCCGGAGCCGGGCAAGACCCGCCUGCGCUUCCAGUUUCUGGAGCAGAAGUACGGCUACUACCACUGCAAGGACUGCAACAUCCGCUGGGAGAGCGCCUACGUGUGGUGUGUGCAGGGCACCAACAAGGUCUACUUCAGGCAGUUCUGCCGGACGUGUCAGAAAUCCUACAACCCCUACCGCGUGGAGGACAUCACUUGCCAGAGCUGUAAGCAGACCAGAUGCACCUGCCCUGUGAAAGUGCGCCAUGUGGACCCCAAGAGACCCCAUCGUCAAGAUCUCUGUGGGAGAUGCAAAGGCAAACGUCUUUCCUGUGAUAGUACAUUUAGUUUCAAAUAUAUUAUUUGACUGGGAUACUACUUCUUUAAAAGAUCCUGGUGUAAAAUUGCAAUCAAAGCAGUUUUUCUUUUGAAAGAAUAUAUAAUAUGGUGGGGUAUACCUGGGCAAACCUACAAAUAAAGGUAUGGCGAAGCACUAUUAUAACU